GGAGCCCCGGCCGCUGGUGCUGGUGGCUACCGCCGCUGCCGGAGCCCGAGCGCAGCCUCUGGUUCCGCGGGUCGUUGCUUCCCAGGGAGGCGGUAUGCUGGGUAAAGGAGUCGUUGGCGGUGGCGGCGGCACCAAGGCGCCCAAGCCCUCUUUCGUGUCGUACGUGCGCCCUGAGGAAAUUCACACAAACGACAAAGAAGUAACGGAAAAGGAAGUAACUCUUCACUUGUUGCCAGGUGAGCAACUGCUUUGUGAAGCCAGCACAGUUCUCAAGUACGUCCAGGAAGAUUCAUGUCAGUGUGGGAUCUAUGGGAAACUGGUCUGCACGGACUUCAAGAUUGCUUUCUUGGGUGAUGAUGAAUCAGCAUUGGAUAAUGAUGAAACUCAAUUUAAGAAUAAGGUUAUAGGAGAGAAUGACAUCACACUCCACUGUGUUGAUCAGAUAUAUGGCGUGUUUGAUGAGAAGAAAAAAACUCUCUUUGGACAGCUGAAGAAAUAUCCUGAGAAACUCAUUAUCCACUGCAAAGACCUCCGAGUAUUCCACUUUUGUCUGAGGUACACAAAGGAAGAGGAAGUCAAAAGGAUUGUCAGUGGCAUAAUUCAUCAUACCCAGACCCCUAAACUACUUAAACGAUUAUUUCUGUUUUCCUAUGCAGCUGCUGCACAAAACAGUACAGCCACAGAUCCCAAGAAUCAUACUGUAAUGUUUGACACACUAGAGGACUGGUGUUGGGAGUUGGAGCGGACCAAAGGCAGCAUGAAGUACAAAGCAGUGAGUGUCAAUGAAGAUUAUAAAGUCUGUGAAAGGUUGCCAGCAUACUUUGUUGUUCCCACGUCUCUUCCUGAAGAGGAUAUUCCACACUUUCAGGGUCACGGCAUACCAAUAUGGUGUUGGUCCUGCCACAAUGGAUGUGCUCUUUUGAAAAUGUCAGCACUGCCCAAAGAACAAGAUGAUGGCCUUUUACAAAUCCAAAAAAGCUUCUUGGAUGGAAUUUACAAGACCAUCCACAGGCCACCCUAUGAACUUGUUAAAACUGAAGACCUGUCAAGCAACUUCCUAUCCCUGCAGGAAAUCCAGACUGCAUAUGCUAAAUUUAAACAGCUGUUUCUGAUAGAUAAUACUACUGAAUUUUGGGACACAGAUAUAAAAUGGUUUUCUCUGUUGGAAAGUAGUGGCUGGCUUGACAUAGUCAGACGUUGUCUCAAAAAAGCAAUAGAGAUUACAGAAUAUCUGGAAGCACAAAACACGAACGUUCUUCUUUCAGAGGAGAACGCCUCCGACCUCUGCUGCCUCGUCUCCUCUCUGGUGCAAGUGAUGAUGGAUCCCCACUGUCGAACCAGGUUUGGCUUCCAGAGCCUCAUCCAAAAGGAGUGGGUCAUGGGCGGCCACUGCUUCUUGGAUCGCUGCAACCACCUACGCCAGAGUGACAAAGAGGAGGUUCCUGUGUUCCUGCUCUUCUUAGACUGUGUGUGGCAGCUGGUGCACCAGCAUCCCUCAGCCUUUGAAUUCACAGAGACUUACCUGACUGUUUUGUCAGAUAGCCUGUACAUACCUAUUUUUAGCACCUUCUUCUUCAACUCACCUCAUCAAAAAGAUACAAACAUGGGUAGGGAAAGCCAGGAUACACAAAGCAAGCCUUUGAAUCUGCUCACCGUGUGGGAUUGGUCUGUCCAGUUUGAACCCAAAGCCCAGAUGUUGCUCAAAAACCCUCUCUAUGUGGAAAAACCAAAACUGGACAAAAGCCAGCGGAAAGGAACGCGUUUCAAACAUCAACGACAACUGUCUUUGCCGCUCACCCAGUCAAAAUCAUCUCCCAAAAGAGGAUUUUUCAGGGAAGAAACAGAUCAUUUAAUUAAAAACCUUCUGGGCAAGCGAAUUAGCAAACUUAUUAAUUCUUCUGAUGAGCUUCAAGACAACUUUCGAGAGUUCUAUGACAACUGGCAUAGCAAACCGACUGACUACCAUGGUUUGUUGUUGCCUCACAUAGAAGGACCAGAAAUCAAAGUCUGGGCUCAGAGGUACUUGCGUUGGAUUCCAGAAGCCCAGAUCCUGGGUGGUGGCAGAGUGGCCACUGUGAGCAAACUCUUGGAAAUGAUGGAGGAAGUGCAGAGCCUGCAGGAGAAGAUUGACGAGAGACGGCACAGCCAGGCGGCCCCCCAGGCAGGGGCCCCUUCCUUGCUGAGGAAUUCCACCCGCCUGUCCUCUCUGUUUCCUUUCGCUUUGCUCCAGCGGCCUUCCUCUAAGCCGGUCUUGCCUACCAGUGCUUGGAAAGCUUUAGGAGAUGAAGACGAUCUGGCCAAACGUGAAGACGAGUUUGUGGAUCUAGGAGAUGUGUGACUGGUUUUUUCUGUUACUGUGGAAAAGGGGAGUUGAAGAUUAGGACGGGAAUCGAACACUUUGGUCUCUGGGUCGUGUCAUGCUGAAGCUUCGUUCUGGGAGAGUCAUUGGCUGGUGCUGGAGUAAACCUGGGCCUUCAGGAAA